ACUUCCUUUGAAGUUAUUACAUCCACCGGCUGUGACGUGCACACAACAAAAAGGGCUUGUCUUCGGAAACGCAGAAACUUGACGAAUUUUUUCUGUCGAACGACUUCUUUUUAUCGUUUGGCUCACGGUCAGAGAGAAAUAUGUCAAUUGCAGCUUUUUUCUUAGAGAUCAUAUUGGCAAGCAUUGUCAUAGCAUCUGUUUCUGCUUCGAUUCCAAAUUGCAUUUCAUGUCCAUGUGGUUCUGGUAUCCAGAAUUAUACACAUUGCAUAGACAAAUCAUUACUUGAAGAUUUCACCUGUGAGAGAUGGUCACGCUGCCAGACCUGCAAAGCCAACACAACUUCUUGCAUAACCUGUCCACCAGAUCGGUUUGGGCCUACCUGUUCAGAAAAAGUGCACAUUCGAAAGAAAAGACAAGAUGAUCCGGAAUUGUAUAAUCAUCCAAGGCAUUCUAGUUCUUGCCCUUUCUUAGAACGUCCAGAAUCAGGAUCUAUAAGAUGUAGCCAGACAGGUAAUGAGAGAUACUGCACGGCCCGCUGCUUGCCAGGUUAUCAAUUUGAAGGUGAAGACGAUGUCACUGAAAUUACUCUACGAUGCCGCGGUAGAGUCUGGGUUCCUCGUAGAUCCUUCCCUCCUUGUAGAUCUGGAGGAUACUGCGAAAUUCGAGUGACUGGAGCAGGCUUCUAUAAUUGCACGAUUGAUAUGGACGGAACUCACUGUGAUAUAACAUGCGACGGCUGGCACCAAGGAAGGUAUCAUUGUUAUCCUGGAAGACCGUGGGAACCGCCGCUUCCAUUUUGCACAACCCCGAAAGAUCCAGAACCCUGUCGUUGUCAAAAUGGCGGAGUCUGUGACGUCAGCGGAAAAUGCACGUGUCCUGAAGGAAGGACUGGGACCUAUUGCGAAAACUUGGAAAGGCAAAGAGCCACCUGCCCCGAUCCUGGAGUCCCGAGAGACGGAAGCCGAUUGAAUCCCGACGGAACCGAUGCCUCCUAUCCUCGUAUGUUCGAAGAGGGCGAGUCCGUGAUUUUCACUUGCAACGGAGAUGGUUUCGCCUUGCAGGGAACAAGCUUCAUCACUUGUUUGGAGGAUGGAACCUGGUCUGCACCUCGGCCACGAUGUGUUAAUUCUCAAACAGGUUCCUCUCGCACUACAUACUGUCCUGAUCCUGGCUAUAUACAGUUUGGAACACGGAUUAACGCAGAUGGCAGCAGUUCCCGUCCGAAUUCGAGGUACAGCGCCGGACAAUCGGUUGUUUACUACUGUCAGGAUGAAUACGAACUUGUAGGGAAUAGUAUAUUGACUUGUUUGCCUUCUGGACGGUGGUCAAGUGGCAGACCCUCCUGCAGAAGAAUUAAUUUCAUAAGCAACCGACCGACAGAAGGAAGAGAUCCAUCUUCUGAUACAUCUUGUAGACACCCUGGAGUAGAUGUGAAUGGAAAAAUCGAAGAUCAUCCUCUCCUGGACCCUCGAAGAAGAGGGCAAACCUUUCCACCAGGCACUGAACUGAGAUUUGAUUGCAAUGAUGGUUUCGAACCAGAAGGAGCAACCAUUCUUUCGUGUAUGGCUUCAGGAGAAUGGACAUCAGCACCUCCAACGUGCAGAAAAAUUCCCACAACGACAGGCAAGUAUAAUCGAAAACAAACAUCAACUAGAAAUUAUUUAAUUGCUUACCCUUGCACACUACCUUCAUCUUUGUUUUUAAAAUUGAAAUAUCCUUCUAAUCUAAUGUGGAAAGAGAGGCCAACAUCGCAAGCAGCUUGCAGACAUCCAGGAGCAGUCAUGAACGGCAGAAUCGAGGACGAACCUCUCUUAGAUCCCCGUGGAAGACCACAGACGUUCCCUACAGGUACCGAAUUGACAUUCCGUUGCGACGAUGGCUUCGAGCCAGAAGAUCCGAUUGUUAUUGCUUGCUUGAGCAACGGGGAAUGGACUCCAUAUCUUCCAAGCUGUCGGAAAAAGGAUCCAAACACAGUUAGUCCACCUGCUGAGGUUACUCAGUUAUGCCCAGUCCCUGAAGUGAAUCCAAAUUCAGAAAUAGAAGAUUUCUUUCGUUUGGAUCCUAGAAAGAAGCAGGGUUUUGAAAUCGGAGAGGAACUGAUUUUCAAAUGCAAAGAAGGUUAUGACUUGGAAGGAACAAAUAUAGUUCAAUGUCUUGCCAACGGACGGUGGUCAAAUCCAUCCCCUACAUGCAACCCCAAAUCACGAAGUUCAAAUACUCGACCAGGCGCUCCUCAGUUAUGUCCACCUCCUGAAGUGAGUCCGAACGCCGAAGUGGAGGAAUUUCUUCUGGAUCCUCGUAAAUUAACUCAAAGCUUUGAACCUGGCGCGGAAUUGACUUUCAGGUGCAGAGAGGGCUAUGUUUUGGAAGGGUGGAGUACGAUUCGUUGCAUUAGAAGUGGUCGGUGGUCUAACCCAUCACCUAAAUGCAAUAUCAAACCGUCGCGUUCUGGUGGACCUUCUGUAGCACGUUGCUUAAAUCCCGGAACAAUUUCAAAUGGGCGCGUAGUUGUGUUUCGGCCGGUAGUCGAAUCCAGCACCCCUUCUACAGAUGAUGAUGAUUACGAUUUUCCUUAUGGAACUCACCUCAAAUACACGUGUGAAGAUGGAUUCUUCCUAGAAGGACAGGACAGUUUGAGUUGUGAAUCUAAUGGAUACUGGACAGGGUCCACUCCGAUCUGUGUGGAAGAUUGUGGACGUUCUUUAAUUUCUACAACCGAUCGCGUCACUCACGGAACUCAGACACUAGCCGGAGAGUGGCCAUGGACAGUGGCCCUCGCUGUUUCCAGGAACGGAGUCCCCAUCAUAGUUUGUGGAGGAGCACUUCUGGACAGAAGGACUGUUCUCACUGCAGCACACUGCCUUCCACUGGCUGACAAUUUCACGCUAUACUUUGGAAAAUACAACAGGAGUGUUCGGUAUGAUGAUCGGGAAGUGAAAGUUGGACAAAGCUACCGAUUAAUUUCCCAUCCGAACUUUAACGGUGAAACCUUCGACAACGACAUCGCCCUAAUCAAGUUCCAGCCGGAUGUGCGUUACUCGGAAAGGAUCCAGCCAGUGUGCUUGCCAACAUGGAACUCGACUGCGAAAAAUGUUGUUCCCGGAAGAAAAGGAUACGUAACAGGAUGGGGCAUAAACGAGAACAAAGUAUUAUCAGACGAGUUAAUGAUGGCCCACAUACCAGUGCAGUCGGACGAUACAUGUCUAAAAGCUUAUCAGAAGCGAGAUUUGCCUCUUCGUCUGAAUGCAGGAAAGUUUUGUGCAGGCUACCCGGAGGGUAUCACUAGUACCUGCAGAGGUGACAGCGGGUCUCCUCUAGUUUUCUACGAAAGAGAAACAGAUCGUCAUAUCAUUGAAGGAAUCGUCAGUUUCGGAAUAACAGGAGAUUGUAGUCUGCCUGAAAAGUAUACCGUAUUUGCCAAAGUUUCCCAUUUUUUGAGAUGGAUAUUAAGAAAUCGCCGUGGCUGAUUAUCGGAUUAUCAUUUGGCCAAAUGAGCCAUUCACUCAGUUUUUCAUGUAAAUUAUAAUACAAUGGGAACGAAAAGAAAGAGGGCACAUAGUACAAAUGAAACACAAGAAAUUUAGAAUUCACAUAUACCAUCUAAUGUAAUCUUUUGAGGAAUGCCUAGCUUUCUUUUAUAGGAACUAAGUUUCUAGAAUCGGAGAAGACGUAUACUACGUGAUUCUACUAAAGGGCUUUUGGAAGUUUGUUUUUAAAAAUUUGAUUUUGUGUUCAAAAUUUUUUUCGACUGAAAUGCUGUUUGAUACUUCUGGCAUUUUGAUAUGCAAUGACUUAUUAAAUAUUUCUUUUUGUUUAAACUCCAUUUGAACACGGGUCGUCUUAAAGAAACAAGUGCAAUAUGUUAUACAAAUAACUAUCUAUUGUAGGACUUGAGUGAUGAAUGUAUUGAAUUUGUAUUGUAAUGGGCAUGACGGACGUGUUUAAAUUGUAUUAUAUGUCCGACAGAUCUAUUUAACUUGUUUGUUAUAUGCCUGAUAAGUAUAUUUUAAUUGUAAUGUACAUGUGGUGGUAACAUCAUAAGCCAGAUAACAACUUCCGGAGAAGAGUGUACACUUUUGUCUAGUGGCUUUGUUACUCGGCUAUGAACCCUAACGUUGCGAGUUCGAACCUCAACUCGCACAUUGGUGACCCUGGUUCUGAACAAUCGCAUCCUUCAUUCAGCUGUCGUGGCUCCAUCUACCGGCAGCAACCACUCACACACGCUCAUCGUCGCCCGCCAUAACGCUUGGCGCGAUAAUCGCGUUCGUCGCUCGCCAUAACUGGCGCGAUAAACUCUACCGACUCACUGGUGGGGGACUAUUGUGGUGGUAACAUCAUAAGCCAGAUAACUUCCGGAGAAGAGUGUACACUUUUGUCUAGUGACUUUGUUACUCGGCUAUGAACCCUAAUGUUGCGAGUUCGAACCUCAACUCGCACAUACAUAUGGAUGUAUUUAAAUUAUAUUGUUAUGUGCAUGAUACUUGUAAUGUCAUGUGAAUAAUGGAUGUAUUUAAUUUGUAUUUCAGCUCCAACUU